GCUGUUCCUCCAAGUCAUUCAAGCUGUACUCCCCAAAGGAGCCCCCCAACGGAAGUGCUUUCCCCCCCUUCCACCCCGGCACCAUGCUGGACAGAGACGUGGGCCCGACGCCCAUGUAUCCCCCCACAUAUCUGGAGCCGGGCAUCGGGAGACACACACCUUAUGGGAAUCAGACAGACUACAGGAUAUUUGAACUCAACAAACGGCUUCAGAACUGGACGGAGGAGUGUGAUAAUCUGUGGUGGGACGCUUUCACUACUGAAUUCUUUGAGGAUGAUGCUAUGCUCACUAUCACAUUUUGUCUGGAGGACGGUCCGAAACGAUACACGAUCGGUCGGACGCUGAUUCCUCGUUACUUCAGGAGUGUGUUUGAGGGCGGCGCUAACGAGCUCUACUACGUCCUGAAACACCCUAAAGAGUCUUUCCACAACAACUUCGUGUCUCUGGACUGCGAUCAGUGUACUAUGGUCACGCAGAACGGCAAACCCAUGUUCACUCAGGUGUGUGUGGAGGGCCGUCUGUACCUGGAGUUCAUGUUUGAUGACAUGAUGAGAAUAAAGACGUGGCAUUUCAGCAUCCGGCAGCACAGAGAACUCAUUCCCCGCAGCAUCCUGGCCAUGCAUGCACAGGACCCACAGAUGUUGGAUCAGCUUUCCAAAAACAUCACCAGAUGCGGCCUGUCAAACUCCACCCUCAACUACCUCAGAUUGUGUGUAAUCCUGGAGCCCAUGCAGGAGCUGAUGUCCAGGCACAAGACGUACAGUCUGAGUCCCCGAGACUGUCUGAAGACGUGUCUGUUCCAGAAGUGGCAGAGGAUGGUCGCUCCACCAGCCGAACCAGCCAGACAGGCGCCAAGUAAGCGGCGGAAGCGUAAGAUGUCGGGCGGCAGCACCAUGAGCGCAGGCGGCGGAACAAACAACAACAGCAACAGCAAGAAGAAGAGCCCAGCAAACAGUUUCCCGCUGUCUAGUCAGGUCCCGGAUGUGAUGGUGGUGGGUGAGCCCACGCUGAUGGGCGGCGAGUUUGGAGACGAGGACGAGCGUCUGAUCACGCGGCUGGAGAACACGCAGUUUGACGCCGCUAACGGUAUCGACGACGAGGACAGCUUUAACAACUCGCCCGCGCUGGGCGCCAACAGCCCCUGGAACAACAAGCCUCCGUCCAGCCAGGAGGGCAAGAACGACAACCCCACCUCACAGGCGUCUCAGUGAGACUGGGGGUGGGGCGGGAGGGGGCGGAGCCAACGGGAGUGUUGGGCAUCCAAUGGGAAGAAAGAGGUGCAUUCAUCUACCUGCAGCUGCUCUUCCUGUCAGCAGAGGACCAGAGAUGAGCAUCAAACAGAAACACACAGGACAGUUUUGAACCGAGCGCUCGUGGUUUUGUUGGUGUUUUACGGGGACGAAACUCCUCUGAGGAGCCUGUAGAUAGUUCACAUGUUUAAGUUAAGACGGAACGGAGAAAUCUGACCACGUAAACCGCCAACAAGACAAACCGAGCCUGUCGACAAACAUCCAGCUCCUGUUUCACCCCAAAACCACGUUACAUUUUGCAUGUUGAAAAUAAAACAUGAGAACAUCUUUAUUUUUACUAAUAAUCAUAUUUUAAAAGGUAAUUUUCUGUUCCCUGCAAUUAUAACACUGUAUUGCAGUAAUAGAAACUAUAAAAUUAAUUUUAAAUAAGCAUAAAUCAAAACACUACCGUGAAAUAUAAAUACGCUUUACAUAAAGCCUUUAUAUAUAGUGCAUUAUGAGUAUUUUAAUGCAUUAAUUAUGCCUUGUAUUGCAACUCUAUUCAUUGUUACGCCUUUAGAAAGUAUAAUGCAUUGCAAUGCAAAUAUAACGGAGCAUUAUGAAUAUCUUUAUAAUGCAUUAUGCACAAAGGCUUAAAGUAAAGUGUUACCAUAGAUACGUUUCAAUUUAAAUCUUUUUCUGUUGCUUUGCAUUACAGUAAAGAGAAUUUGCAGGAGAAAAUGUUUAAUCGCAAAAAAAAAAUCCUUGUUGUUUUAAAAAAUACACUAGAUAAUUUCUUAUUUUUGCAUAAUUUUGGAGUGAAAUGUGAGCUGGACGCGUUCUGCUCUCAAACACAACGGACAUUUGAAACAUGAAGAGCGUUUCAACUCAGACACGUUUUGGAGAAUUUUAUCCGUGUUUUAUACCAGCCUCUAUUUCCCUAGAAUGUUUUUAUUUGGUUUCUUUUAUUUUUUUUGCCGACGUUGAAAGCUGCAAACCAAGGAGUAACAGAACCGUCAAGGUUCUUAAAGAUUUCAACCCUCAGAUUCUAUUGGUUUGUAUUAUUUUUUAAAGAGAGUCAUUUAGUGUGGGCUUUUGGUUCAUUUUUGUGUACUUGUGCUUGUAUAUUUAAGGUAGUAGCAGAGUUCUGUAUAACUGUAUUGAGAUGUAUUCCUCCUUAGAGUUACAUAAAGCCAUUCUGAUCUAAUGUGUAAAAAGAGAAAAACACAUCAACCUCGUCUUUCCCCCUCUUUAUUAUCAUUUUUUAAUUUGUGUAAAACUGAUUAAUUGAAAUCAAGGGCACAGUCUGUGUUUGUCGCCUGAUAGUUUCAGAUCUGUCUCAGAAGACGCUUGUUUUCUGUGUUUUGUUUCGUUCUCUCACACACAUGAACGUUUCGUCUGUUGAAGGGAGACCAGCUGUGAUCAACGAGACAUGUUGUUUUUUCACCCACACCCAAUAAUACUGAAGCCUUUGAACUCGAUUUUUGUACUAUUUGAUUUUUUUCUCUCUCUUUCUGACCAGCCGAAUCAAUCUGAAUGAAUUUAAGGUCUGCACUUGCGAUUGAAACAAACCUUUAACCUUGUAGAUGCCCCUGUUUGAUAUAACUUUGUUUUCUUAAUUUCUGCCCUUGAUUAAAUUAAUGUAUGGAACCAAUAAAAUAUGAAUUUUCACUUUAA